GAAAACGUCUUCCUUUUUCAUCGUCAUGGGUAAAUUUUGUUUGAUUCUUGUCUUUAUCGUUGCGGCGUGCUCUUUCGUCGAGGCACAAAAAAAAUGUCACUUCAAGCAAAAACGACCGCAUAACAAAUGUCCAAAUUUAAUCAAUGCCGGCUUAACGUUCGACGAGAAGAAGAGAAUCUUGAGACAGCACAAUGCCCUGAGGUAUCGAGUGGCUAAGGGAUUAGAAAAAGCAGGAAGUCCCGGGCCCCAGCCGCGAGCAGUCAACAUGAGGCUUUUGGAAUGGGAUACAGAGUUGGAGGCAGCUGCGCAGCAGUGGGCCAACGGCUGCCUUUUCGAGCACGAUCCUUGCAACCACGUCGGUCGCUACAGUUUCGGUCAGAAUUUGGGCCUGGAGGCGACCACGGGCAACGUGAAGAGCCUCAAACUCGAGCAGGCCGUGCGUAGGUGGUACGACGAGGUCAAAUACUUCGAUAAGAGAAAUGUCCAGAAUUACAGGCACAACCCGAAGUACGGACACUAUUCGCAACUCGUUUGGGCCGAGACGAAUAAAAUAGGAUGUGGUGUUACGAGAUAUCAAGAAAAAGGUUACAAGAAGUUGUACCUGGUGUGUAAUUACGGCCCGGCUGGUAAUACAAGAAAUUUUCCCGUUUAUAAAAGUCAUAAAUAAGAUUUCACGGGUAACUAACAAUUUUUUUUACAUCCAUUUUGUACGAAAAAGAAAGAAAGCAAAAGGAAAAUAAUAAAAUGGCAAUAUC